GCAGAACAGUCCUCCCUGUAAGAGCCUAACCAUUGCCAGGGAAACCUGCGCUAGGCGCUCCGUUCAUUACCAGUAAUUUUUUUAUUAAUCUGAUUAAUAAUUAUUUUUCCCUAUUUAAUUUUUUUCCUUCCAGGUGGAGUUGCCGGAAGCUGGGGGCACCUGAGGAGGGCGGGGUGGAAGGGGAGAGGCAGGAGUUGAGAGCACCUCUCUCUCUCUCCCUACCCGACCCUCUGGCCCCCAAGGGGCAGGAGGUACGCGGGUGUGGGAGCUGAGAUCCAGAGCUGCAGACGCCUCCACCCCUCCCCUCUCCCAGGCUUUCCCUCCUGCCCCUUCCUUGCAACUCUCCUUAAUUUUAUUUGGCUUUUUUAUUAUUAGGAUUUUUCUUUUUCUUUUUAAAUUUAUAUAAAGUAUAUGUGUAUGUGUGUGUAUGGAGCUGAGACAGGCUCGUCAACGCACAGAAUGAGGAAAGACGAGAAAGACAGAGAGUGGGAGAGAGAGACAGAGAGAGAGGGAGAGAGGGACAGCAGCGCCCGCGGGGGCUCAAGCCCUAGACCUCCAGAAAUGACGUCAGGAUCAUUUGCAUCCCGCUGCCUCAACCUGCCUAGUACUGCUGGGACCCUGUCUGGACGGUCCCUUGGCCAAGAGGGUUGGAAAUUAAUGAUCAUGAGCUCGUAUUUGAUGGACUCUAACUACAUCGAUCCGAAAUUUCCUCCAUGCGAAGAAUAUUCGCAAAAUAGCUACAUCCCUGAACACAGUCCGGAAUAUUACGGCCGGACCAGGGAAUCGGGAUUCCAGCAUCACCACCAGGAGCUGUACCCACCACCGCCUCCGCGCCCUAGCUACCCUGAGCGUCAGUAUAGCUGCACCAGUCUCCAGGGGCCCGGCAAUUCUCGAGCCCACGGGCCGGCCCAGGCGGGCCACCACCACCCUGAGAAAUCGCAGCCGCUCUGCGAGCCGGCGCCUCUUUCAGGCGCCUCUGCCUCCCCAUCCCCAGCCCCGCCAGCCUGCAGCCAGCCAGCCCCCGACCAUCCCUCCAGCGCCGCCAGCAAGCAGCCCAUAGUCUACCCUUGGAUGAAAAAAAUUCACGUUAGCACGGUGAACCCCAAUUAUAACGGAGGGGAGCCCAAGCGCUCGAGGACAGCCUACACCCGGCAGCAGGUCCUGGAAUUAGAGAAAGAGUUUCAUUACAACCGCUACCUGACCCGAAGGAGAAGGAUCGAGAUCGCCCAUUCGCUGUGCCUCUCUGAGAGGCAGAUCAAAAUCUGGUUCCAAAACCGUCGCAUGAAAUGGAAGAAGGACCACCGACUCCCCAACACCAAAGUGAGGUCAGCGCCCCCGGCCGGCGCUGCGCCCAGCACCCUCUCGGCAGCCACCCCCGGUACUUCUGAAGACCACUCCCAGAGCGCCACGCCGCCGGAGCAGCAACGGGCAGAGGACAUUACCAGGUUAUAAAACAUAACUUACACCCCUGCCCCCACCCUGUGCUCCGUGACCCCCUCACACACAAAUUGACUCUUAUUUAUAGAAUUUAAUAUAUAUAUAUAUUUUGGUUCUUUUUCCUCUUCCUUCUGCCUCCUCCCUUGUCAGUUCCAAACAGACAAAACAGAUAAACAAACCCCUUGCCCUUCUCCCUUCACUGUUGAGGACCCCUUUAAGCAUGUGGUGUUAUCUUAGCAUGGUACCUGCUGGGUUUUGUUUUUGUUUUUUGUUUUUUAAGGCCAUUGGGGGGUAUUUAUUUUUUAAGAAAAAAAGCUGCAAAAAUUAUAUAUUGCAAGGUGCGAUGGUCUGGUUUGGGUGAAUUUCAGGAAGAAAUGAGGAAAAGAAAAAGGAAAGGGAGAUUUUUAAGUGGAUUCCCAUCAUCUCUCCUCCUCCUUCCCCCACUUUCCUUAGGCCUUUUGCAUUGAAAAUGCACCAGGGGAGGUUAGUGAGGGGGAAGUCAUUUUAAGGAGAACAAAGCUAUGAAGUUCUUUUGUAUUCUUGUGGGGGGGGAGGAGGGGGGAGGACAGCAGACAAAGCUAAAUGCAUCUGGAGAGCCUCUGGGAACUGUUUAGUUUGAGGAGCCAAAAGAAAAUAAAAAUGAACUUUCAGUUCAGAGAGGCAACAGUCCGUAGGUAGACGCUCCCCUACCCCCAUCGUUAUUGUGCUUUUGGACUGAAUUUACUUGAUUAUUGUAAAAGUUGCAAUAAAGAAUUUUAGUGUUGAUGUGAAAUGCCCCGUGAUCAAUAAUAAACCAGUGGCUGUGAAUUAGUUUUA